GAUUGACGAAAUUGUCCGAAGGCGUCGCCGGAAUUGGUGUCAGAAGCCAUAUCAAAAAUAUGGUUUUUUAUUGAUCGUGUUUUCAGUGAAAAUUUUCCAAGAAACAAGCUAUAAAAUCAUUGGAAAAUCCUACCCGGAUGUAGAGUGAGCCCCGUGUAGCAAAAUGACAGUAAACUCCGACUCGAAUGACACGGGAGACAGGAUUUCCGCCUCCCGGACAAGAUGUUUCUUCGACAUCGCCAUUGGGGGCCUCCCGGCGGGUAGAAUUGUGUUUGAACUGUUUGCUGAUGUUGCCCCCAAGACGGCUGAGAACUUCAGGGCACUGUGCACGGGUGAGAAGGGCCUCGGGAAGACCACCGGGAAGCCUCUUCACUACUCCGGGGUGAUUUUUCAUCGUGUCGUGAAGGAUUUCAUGAUCCAGGCUGGAGAUUUUUCCAACAAAAAUGGCACAGGAGGUGAAUCAAUCUACGGAGGGACUUUUGAGGAUGAAAACUUCACCUUGAAGCACGACAAGCCCUUCCUCCUCUCAAUGGCUAAUCGUGGCAAGAAUACCAAUGGCUCGCAGUUUUUCAUCACCACUCAGCCAGCGCCACAUCUCGACAAUGUUCACGUGGUGUUUGGCCAGGUUGUCUCAGGGCAGGACUUGGUCACGCAACUGGAGCAAUUGGCCGUGGACAGGAACUCGAGGCCACUUCAGGAUGCAUCCAUUGCAAAUUGCGGCGAGUUGGUGCGCCAGGUCAAAGCUAAAAAGGCCAAGAAGAAGAAGGUUUCAUCAGAUUCUGAGGAUUCAUCUGACAGUGAUUCAUCUCCGGCAAAGUCCAAGAAGAAGAAGAAGAAGCACGAGAAGAAGGAGAAGAAAGCAAAAAGAGAAGAUUCUGUGGAGGAGGGUGAACUCGAAGAGGGAGAAAAUUCACUGUUCCCACUGACGAAGAUUGAUCCCAAGGAGAUUCCUGAUGUCUCCAAUAAAUUCCUCAUGCGAGCCGUGAGUUCUACGAAGGCGGACAAAGAGGAUAAGAGUGAUGAUGAUGAAGAGGACAGAGAUGAUAAGGACAGGAGACGCCGCAAUGAUCGUGGACAGAAAAACAAUUUUGGCUGGUCGAAGAAACGCGUCCCACUGUCUCGCAGUGGACGUGCCAUCAAGGGCAGGGGAGUCUUUCGCUAUCGUACUCCAUCUAGAUCUCGCAGUCGGUCCAGGAGCGUGACUCCGCCGCACUGGAAGCAGGCACAGAAGCGCACGAUUAAGUUGUCGGACUUUGAGAAGAUUGAGGAAGAGAAAAAGCAGCGCGAGAUGGAGAUCAAGAGGCGAGAGAUUGAGAGGAAGAAGCGUCAUGAGGAGAUUGCUAGGGAUGCCAAGAAGAGUUUCUAUGAGCUCCAGCAGGUCAAUAGCUACAGCAAGGCCAAGGCCAAUGAGAAGAAUGACAGUGGUUCAUUUAUUCCGGGAGAUGAGGGCAGAGGAGGAGGAGGAGGAAUGGACUUGAAUGCGUUGGAUUAUGAGCAUCAUGGGAGCGAUGUGGAGGAGCAGGCGGAGAUGCAGAAGGGUUCUAAUAAAUCUGAUGUCAUGGCACUGGCUCUGGGAGUGGAAGUAAAGGUGGGAGAUGGUCAGGAGAGAGGAGGAACUGAGGGAAAUAAGAGAGGACGUGAGGGAAAGCAUGAACGAUCUCCGAAGCGUCGCAGAUCCCGAUCUCCUCGGAGUCGCGAUCAUCGGCGCUCGUCGAGAUCGCCCAAAAGGGCUCACAAGAGUCCCCGGAAGAGCCACAGAGAUUCCUCGAGAAGAGGAGAUCACAGCAGCAGCAAGCACGGACAUGGGAGUCGCAAGAGGGACUCGAGUGAUCGUUCGCGGUCUCGUGAUCGACGUCGACGCUCGCGAUCAUCAUCAUCGCGGCGGAAUCGCAGCCGAGGACGUCGUAGCCGGUCUCCGAGGGAAGCCAAACACUCCGAGGAGAAGUCCAAGGUUCUCUCGAAUGAGGAAAAGGCAAAGUUGCACAAGGAGAAGAUGCUGAAGCGUGCCGAGGCGCUGCUGCUGCUGAAGGAUCACAUGAAGAAGGAGAUUGAGGAGCAGGAAAAGCGACAGGCUGAACGGGAACGCGAGAGGCUCAGGCAGUUGGAGAGAGAGGAGACCAAUGAGGAAUUGGCACGGCUCGAAAAGAUCAAGCAAGAGACACUGCAGAAGCUGCAAGCGCACGAUGAUGAACUGGUAAAAAAAGUUCUCGAUGGGGUUGUGUCCAGUGUCAAGUACUCCAAGACACGCGGAAGAUCACGCAGUCCCAGCACCAGCGACAAGAAGCGCCACAAGAAACACUCAAAGAGCCAGAGGAAGCGCGCGCGGGCAUCGUCCACUUCGUCAGCUGACUCCAAGAAUUCUUUCAAACUCUAAUAAUUUUGUCUCACAAUAAAGUGUUGGAAAAAAAUGAAGAUAGA